UGUUUGACGAACUUUAAUAUACAUUUGCUAUAAAACAGGCAGCAAUUACCAGAAUGUGAUACCCAAAUAAAAACCCAUGAUCCAUUUGCACGACAGAUCUUCAAUUUACUCACAUUCAUGUGAAAGAGACACAUAAAAAUGAUAUCCAUGCUUAAAAUCACUUAGAAGCAGUCUGAAAGACCCCACAGUUGCAAGUGAUACUGCAGUACUUAGCUAAUACUCAUGUUUCGAUGGCUUUGCCUUCAUGAUUCUUCCAGUGGUUCCUUUAUGUUUCCUGGUAUUUUGCCAAACACCUGUGAAUCAGUGCACAACAAAUAUUCCUGCCAUUUAAUUUAGCCUUGCACAGAAAGGCUGUAUUAGGCCUGAUGCAGACCUAAUCCCAAACCUCUAAAGAGGUUUAAGGCACUCUGGUUUCACCUAAUCCCGAAACCUAAACCAGAAUCAUUGAAAACCUCCAUAACACCACAGGAAUGGGCAAAUAAAGGGUUUCCACUAUGAAAUUAUUAAAAGGACACAGUGUAUCUUUUGGAUUUGAGACCUAAAGCUUUACCUAAGGAGCUUGGACUGUCCACAAUAAAAGUGUUUAUUUUGGAGAUAGGAGAUUGAAAGGUUUAUUUGACUAGAGAGCUGCUCUCACCCUUCCCACCCAAAAAAGAAAAGGGGUGAUCCCCUAGAAGAGUGAAAAACGGGAAAAGGAAUCUACAAGUAACAAGGCAGGUGAAGCCCCGGCUUCUGUUCAAGCCUCAGCCAUGGUUUUCCCUGAGAAAGAGCGAGAGCAAAGCCCCUGGUGCACAGCAGGGCUGCUGGUCCCUGAAGUUCCUUGCAGCAAACACCUAAGGAAAGAGUUAUUGGUGAUAACAAUAAAUACACCGCUGUGGUUCAAAAUGGAGGCUCUGCUCUUUUGAGAUCUUACUGAUGAGAGAUAACAUGUAAAAACGUGCACUGUAAUGGAACUUUCAAUUACAAAUUGCAUCCAACUGUAGUAAAUUUGAUCUUGCAUUAAUUCAUGUUAAAUUAAUUGGAUUCUGUCAUUCCUGAAUUCUGGUAACCACCUUGUCUUGCAAUAUAACUCAUUAUCUUUGUAUUGUGAAAGGGGUAUUUUCCAAGGUGACUGUAGGGAAUACUAGCUGUACCAUAUUCUAAUAAACAUUUAGGUCCUAACAAAUUAAAGACCUGAAAGUAUACUGCACAUGUGGUAACAUUAUGCUUAGCAUUUUAUAGCAAUGAUCUGCUGCUCUAAAUCUCUUCAUUCAAAUCAUUUCAGUAAAACAUGUAGGGAAAUACAAGGCUAUAUUUUUGCAUUAUUCAAUACUGGAAAUAUCUGUGCUUAGGACAUUCCUAAUAAUGAGAAGCAUAGCUACCUCAGUGUACUGUGUUUUCACAAUCACCGACGGCAUUUCAAGAGCCCUUUAGAGCAAGGAUUUAAGAACCAGUGUCCCUACUGAUGACUUUAUAGCAUUUCAGUCAAUAAACAAACCCCAGAUUUACCUUCACAAACUCAUGAAAAAUCUCCAUGCCUUUGAUUACAUCAACAGAAAUGGAACAGAACAGCAAUUAUUUAACAGCACUGUGGUACUCUAGGUGUAAUUUAGUUUUCAAAGGCUCUUUCAUUCCAUAGGUGAAAAUGGCAGGAAAGCUGAGCAGCAGUUUUAUAGGGUAGCAAUCUUUCUAGCUGUAAUUAUAGCAGUAUAGCCUUCUGAGAAGCUAAAUGACAAAGCUUGUAUCUCCUAGCCAGGUAACACAAGCAAAUGAGGGUUUAUUUGCUUUCCUUGAGCGAGUGUUGGUGUAGCUGCAGAGCAACAGGGGACACUUAGCGGGGGAAGGACUCUGGCUUUCUGCAGUGCUGUCGUGUCACAUGCACUGAGCCUGCCAUCACCGCUCUGAGGGUAGAUGGAUAUGUUAGCAGGGUGCAACUCCAAUCCCACAUAGCAGAAUUUUUGUUAUAGUGGCAUUUAACUGUUGCCUGAUUUAAUCCAAUUGUAACACCAAACCAUUAACUUCUAUUUGGAACCAUUUCAGGAGGUGACUUUGUUUCCUGAAGAGGCUCUCCUGCAAGACAGCAUGUGGAAAGAUAAGUGUGGCUACAUUGCACUGAAAGACCUGGGUCUGUUUAUCCCAGAACGAACCCAGACUGACAGCGGUUGCCAAAGGAGACAAAUGAAUGCAGGAACGCGGUAAUGCCGUGCUCAGCAGAGCUCCAGGUAAAUGAAUUCUCUGUAAGCGGAGUUGAGGAGAGCCUGAAACACUGCCCGGCGAGCACCCCGCGUGUCGACUGCAGUGAGCUCCGGGGAAUCACGCGAGUCACAAACCAGGCACAUGCUCCAUGGCAACGCCGGACACCAGCGCCCAGCCAGGGCCUUCCCAACCGGUUCCAGCACAACCCGCCCGUGCCGCAGCCCUCUGCUCUCAGACGUUGUUCUUCGCACGUUCCGGUGCUCGCGUCUGGCUCCACGGAGCACUGACACGGUUCACGUCCCGCCCGGACCUGCUGCUCGGUGAUGGCAAAGUCCUUUGGGGAUGGUGAGCCGGAGCUGCGGCGAAGCCCCCGCCGCCCUAGGGCCCUGCGGCUGCGCUGGCUCCCGCCGUCCCGGCUCCGCACUGGCGGUACCACGGACCCGCCUGACCGGCCGUCACGGGGCUAACGGCACCGCGGGCCCGCCGCGCCGACAGCGCAUGCGCGCGGCCCUGCUUCCCCGCGACGUCACGGACGGGCCGCCAGUAUCGCGCUCGGCGCUCCUCUGUGUCUGCCUGGUUCCCGGGAGGAGGAUCGCCGAAUCAUCGCUGUCACGCUUCUUCCCUCCCCCAGGCGGAGCGGCGCUCGGAUAGAAGAUCUUGCACAUUUAAGGAAGAAAACAUAUUACAAUAUAAUUGUAUUUACUGAGAAAUUACUAAUUGAGGUGCCGUAUAGCGAGGCAGCAUUUUGCAUCACCCGGGGAUGUCUAAGGUGUUUCUAAGUCCCGCUGUGUUGCGGCACAAUUCCGGGAGGCGAAGCAGGUGCUGGUGUGUCCCGAUGUGCCGCCGCUGCCCGGGCCGCUCACACAGCACAGGCGCUGCCUGCGCGGGAAGGGCCGCCGCACUCGGGCAUUUCCACCACCAUCAAACCAGUUCUGCGCAGUGCGUUAGAGGCUGGAAACGUGGGAGUAUUGUGUUUGGAAAGCUCAUGCUGCAGGGGCUGCCUGCUGUAUUUUAAUACUGGAGCUUGUAAAUGUAAUGGAAUACACAAAAUUGCUUCGCACUGUUAAUUUGAGGGAGUCGUUUAUGUGCACUGACUUCCUCCGCAGUUACAGCUUGCGACCCGCUUGGAAAACACACCCACACGCUAUACAGCGUGGCAGGUGUCACCCAACUUACCAGUGAGUGCAUGGAGGCACAGAAGUGCGGGAUAAAAAGGGGCUUUUGUAUUAAUUAAAAAGAAAGAACCUAAGAAGGGGGGAGAACAAUUUCUUCACAUCUUUCUCAACUCCUUCUUUCCUCUGAGUUUUCCUUUGGGAAGGGUGGCACCUGGUAGAUGAGGAAUUUUCAAAAAAUAACAGGGAUUUCAUAUAUCUGUUUGUGAGCACACCUGGAUGCGUCGAAUAUUUUGCAGUAGUAAUUAUGUCUGCACACCUGCUGGUUUCAGUCCCAAAUCAGUUUGCCAGACAUGCCUAGAGAGAUUUAUUUCUCCUAUACCUGAAAACACUCUUUUACCACAGAGUUUUCACCGCUCUGAAUAAGCCUAAAGAAAAAAGAGGAGGAUUUUUUCUUGUCUUUGCUUGAGCCCUUGGUCUCUCAAACUGAACUGUGCAGUUUGUAGGGGGAGGAGGGCGUUUGGAUGAUAUUUUAAUAGCAAUUUGUUUUUGCUUCAAUGUGUGAUAGAAAUACAAGUGACAGGAGUGGGAACAGGAGAGUUGCUGAAUUCUGCCGGAAUUUUUCCUGUGGGAAUCUCUUAAUGUUUCUAAUUCUCUGAGAGAUUUUUCGAAGUCAAAGAAGCUGCUGGCUGCCUUGUCCCAGCACAGCUCUGGAGGGUCAUUUGACACAGAAAAGUUGCCCUUGUCCUUUGGUGCUUGCAUACAACUGCCAGCAAAGGCAUUAACGUGCAUGGAAAUACACGGUCAUUGCUCGGAUGGCUCUGCCACCUCCGGAUCCGCAGUUUGUUCUCAGGGGUACCAGCGCUGCAGUCCACACUCUGCAUUUUUCCUGUGGAGGCCAAGAACCUGAUGUCCCCAUUCUUUUCUCUGGGUCUGAGAACGGGUUUAUCCACGUCUGGAACCUGAAAACACACAGAGUGGACGCAGCACUGGAUGGCCAUGGAAGAAAAUCUGUCUACUGCGUGCAGACAAUGGGUGGUAAAGAGGCGCUCCUCAGUCAGGGCCGUGACCAGAGGAUCUGCAUGUGGGAUUUAGCGGAGGGACGGACUUCAGUGACGGAUUCUGUCUUCACAGAGAAUGUGGGGUUCUGCAGAUGCUCUCUCUUAAAGGUGGCGCAGGGACGCUGGCUGAUGGCCAUGGCAGCCAAAGCCACAGAUGAGGUUCAGGUUUUGGAGCUGCCAUCCAAGACGUCAGUCUGUACCUUGAAGCCAGAGGUGGGUGCCAAGCUGGGCAUGCCCAUGUGUCUGAAGCUAUGGCAGCUCAGCUGUGGUUCACAACCUUUACUUCUGGCUGGCUAUGAAGAUGGAUCCGUGGUCCUUUGGAAUUUGUCAACGGGAAAAGCCUUGAGCCAACUUGUUUGCCACCAGGAGCCAGUGAUGAGCCUUGACUUUGACUCGGAGAAGGCCAAGGGGAUCUCGGGCUCAUCUGAAAAGGUGCUCAGCAUCUGGAGCCUCAAUGAGCAACAGAACCUCCAGGAAGAAAAGCAAGUUUUUGGACAUCCAACAGUGACUCAUCACCUGGGGGACAGUGUGGAGGUGUAUGAUCUGUUAGUGCCCUACCACUCCGUUUACAAAACACACAAACUUGUCAACGCUGGCAUAUCUGAUAUCACCAUCCGUCCAGACAAGAAGAUUUUAGCAACAGCAGGGUGGGAUCAUCGCAUGAGGAUCUUUGGCUGGAAAAAACUGAAGCCCUUAGCAGUGCUGGACUACCACACAGCAACUGUCCAUUGUGUGUCCUUCUCAGAUCACAAAAACCCCAGUGAGAGACUGCUGGCAGCUGGCUCAAAAGAUCAGCGCAUCAGUAUCUGGUCAAUAUAUACUCAGACGUGACAUGUUCUGCACUGCCAUGGACAAGGAGAACAGGACUGGGGAAGCAAUUCUUUACAUUGUAAUUCAAACCUGGAUGUGUGGAAGGGGCAGGAUGUAUUUCUAGGCUGAAGUGAGAGUCCUAGGGUAAAUUUUAUGCUGCUUGUUCAGGCUACAAGUUUUGUUUUCCAGAGAGGGAAGUGGAUUUUUUAGAUUCGUAACAAGCAGAGCAAGGCCAGUCACCAAAGGCACAGAACAAGACACCCUGAGUUCUGCUACAGGUUUUGCAACAGCUUUUCUUUGGCAGGUUGCUUAAAUAACUUGUGCCAAUAUCUUUUGAGAAAAAAAGACUGGAAUCCCUCAGACUGCAGUGGGGGCAGAAUAUGUCUGUUUGUAAGUCAUUUAUGUAUCCAAGAAUCUGAAUCAGUGUGAAAUAUCACUCUUUCUUGAAAAUUUAUACCCAUUAAACCACCUCCAGUGGUUUCUCAUUGUCAGUUACUUUUUCUUCCUUGUAAGUGAAAGGCUAUUGGAAUAACCUUGAUUUGUUCACACUUCUGUCAGUUUUAACUUAAACCAACAGCCAGGAAUGUGACUAGGGACGGCCUUUGGCAUUUAUGAAUUUCAUUAUGUCUCCUGUCACCUCAAGCCUCACAAUUAAUCACAAGAAAGAAAGGGGAAAAAAAAAAAUCUUCCCCUGCUCUGCACUGCAAAGCUUUGUAAAGCCUUUUACAGAGCCAGUGCUAAAUCCCUCCCAUAGACUGACUAGCUGAAGGAUUUGAACUCAGCAAUCCAAUUAGCGCCCUUCUCCUUGGAGAGUUAGGGGUAAGUUUCAGCAUGGCAAGUCUGGUAUUCAGCUACACAACUCCCAUUAACGUUUAGAGGAAUUGCAUAGAUAAAUACUUAUCCACACAGUGUGAAUGGCUCCAUUAACUUGUCAUCUCUAUGGUCAUGGAAGCUGAAAUUCCUUCAUGAAGUUUUUUUUGUUUGAAUCAUGAAACAGCAUUUGCAUUCUUUUACAGCAUAUUAGACAUACAACACAUAGUUCGUAGACAUCUUACUAGUGUAUUCAGUCACAAAGUUGCAGUUACAACUGUCCCACCAAAGCGACUAGCAAGGGCCAGUUUGAUAAAAAAAAUAGAUGGCCUGCAAACCAGAACUCAGUUUUAUAAACUGAAGUGGUUUGUGUCCAGACUGUGUACUGUUGAUACUUUAAUGGAAAUACUUGUUUCUGCCUCUGUACAGAACUGGACAUCAAAUAAAAAGUCACUGGAAUUGUAGUGAUCAGCAGUAUGAAAAGACUUUAGAAAUUAUUUCAGGGAAAACACACAAGCGAAUUAAGAUCUGGGUCUGCUAUCCAGCUGUGCUUCACAGGCAGGGAAUACUGUUGGACUAGAAGUCUCAAGCACCAGGCCCCAUGCUCUUGCCAUUAAAACACAAGAGCAGGAUACUGUUGCCAGGGUUUUCUAAAUAAAACUUGGCCUUACAUGUUUUGUAGCGUGAUGACAUUUUAAAUAAUGCAUUUCUUUGAUUAUUUCUUUACUAUUCAGUAGCUGCAUGGAGGAUCACAUUGCAGUUCAAAGUUAAAGCCUAAUUUUGAAUGAGACUGAGUCAAUGGGAGGUGCUGGUGUUCAUUACAUCUACCAGACAGGGUUGCGUAGAUGGUAAGUGCUCCAUCUCCACCCAUCAUCCACCUCCCACACAGAGCAGGAUCUUCCUACACCCUACAAGAGACUCCAGGCCAGCAGCCUUGUGGAAUGAAACAGGGUCUUUCUUCACAAACCUGCUGGUGGAAGAAAACUUCUUCUUUUUUCUAUUUCUUAAAGUAGGUCAGAAUUGACAUAAACAAAUAAAUAUAGAAAACAUUGUGUGGUCCAGGGACCCAUGAUAGGGAAUUUGCAGAGAUUUGUUUUUUGCUGCCCUGUCUCAUACUACACCAUAUAUGAAGCCUAUCAGGCAGCCUUGAGAUCGGUGCCUCCCAUUUGAGUGGUUCUCUGCAAUCAGAACUUAGUGACAUCCUGCUGCAUGAGAACAAUUUCAUAAUCAAUUUUUAAAAGAACAUGACCCAAUGGAUACAUGCUUGGGCUUUAGUCUCCUCUCUACUCAGAUUAUAAAUAAAAAAGUUAGAGCAAAUAAGUGCUAGAACCCAAGUCUCCAUCUGCUCAGGAGAGUGCCCUGCCCUGUGCUUUAACCUGUGUAAUCAUAGCACCUUUUUGAUCAACAAGCUAUAAGUGAGAACUGAUUAACCGUACCCUAAAAAGCACUGUCAAGCUGGUGGUUGGGCAGAGUCCUGGAAGGUGAAAAAACAGCUCUGCAUCUCCUCAAGCAUGGCUCUAGGUGUCCGUUGUCAAAAAUUGGCACUUUAUCUCCCCCCCACACACCCCCAAGGUACAGGCUUAGAGGCACAGCUGCUACCAUCAUGGUACAACAGGCACUGGACCCCUUAGUGCAGUAGCCCAACAUGCUUUUAGACUAUCUGAAAAACUUCACUGCUGAGCAAAAUUUAAGUUUCCUUGGCCUAACCAACCAACAACAACAAACCCAACCCACAAGACACAUAGUCUGUCCCUGCAUUGUGAACCCACAUUCAGUUUCCUCUCUCAACUUCACAUCCCAGCUAUUAAAAGUUCCUUUCUCCCUCCUUCUUCCUGAUAGACUUGAGAGCUGUUCUGCAGUGGCACUGGGGCAGGGAGUGGCCUGGAGGGUGCAAACAUUCCCCUUCUCCAUGACGGCAAACAGCAGCCUACACUGUUGCGCAAUUUGCAGAGAUUUGAGCUGUAGGUGCAAUGCUCAUCCAGCAGAAAAGGAAAGGAAAUCUAGGGCUCACUCAUCUUGGGCAAACGGUUCCAGUAGGAAAUGAGAAGGGCCAAGCCUGGUUGAUGGGCUGGCUCACAGCCACCCCCAUGCAGUAUUUUCAUCCCAUGUUGUAGACCUCAGGUCUCAAAGCACUACCCAACUGCAUCUUUAAUGAAGGCCUGUGCAUCUUAGAUCCACUGUAGGAAAUAAGUUUUGAUGCAAAUACUAUGAUAUUGGCACAGUGUCAGCCCCCUAGGGAGAAUAGAUUUAUACCCCAUGUCUUAAUAAGAGCGUUAUUAGAUCAGAGCCUGAAAGUUAGGAACUCUUGAGUAUAUUCUUUUCUGUGAAAAACGGCGUUUACAGUCAACAUCGACGUCUAAAGUAAUUAUGAAGAUUCACAAUGGGUAUUUAGAUUUACUAACAGGUUUUUCGGAAGAUACUCUAAAGAUUACUAUGUGCCUUCGCAUCUGACAUAGCACCUUUGCUGAGGGUUAAAUAUUUAUGUUUAUCUGACUAGGUAAACUUAAAAAUAAACUCAGUCAUGCAAGCACAAAUUGAAAAUAAGGACUUGAACUGCAUCUGUAAUCUUCCUAGCAGACAGACACAGAGGUAAAGAGUUUCAUCAGCUUUAAGAGGAAGGACACACUGCAGAUCUGCUUGCAAGAACAGACCCAUCCUGUAUUUACUUCCCAUUAUCAAAGCACUAUCCAUGUGAUACUUUUGCACAUUACAACAAUGAAUUCAUUAACGCUUUAUAUCACUACUGAUUUUAUUUAAACAGUAAGGGGAUUUUUUUUCAUGUUAUAGUUCCCUUGAAAUGAACAACCGGACAACAUUAUUUUGAUUUAGAGUUAAACCUAAAUGCCAUAGUUUAAAUGUGAACUACAGUCUUCUGAAAGUUUAUUUGCUUAAGGAACUGACCUGGAGUUUUCCAAAGCAGAAUGAUUUCCAACAGGAAGGACAGUCUAUAUUGCUAUAGACUGUAAAAUACAGUUGACUGAUUGCAUCUAGGAAAUUAACAACUCUUUAUUUUCUACAAAAAAUUUAAAGCUCUUUACAAUUGUAACAUGAGCGUGGUUAUCACUCAAGAUUCCAGCUGACUUGCUAGCAGGAAGGCUGUGAGAGAAGAGCCACCUUAAGCUGCUGGAGUUAGCUCUGGAAUCUCACCUGCCAGAAAGGAACAGGGCUAGCCUGUACCUGGCCUAGAGGAUUCAGGAGUGAAGGUGAUGACAGCUAAAUUAUUACAAAAGGCUUCCUCCCAAGAAUCACUGUCCUUGGCACUAUGAGAGAGAAGAAAGCAACUAGCAUUUGUAAACUAAUAGAAAUAAAUCCCAAACACUAGCAUUUGUGCAGCAAUUACAUGGAAUAUUUAUCACCACUGGAAUGAAUGGUGAUCUCUGACCCUCUAACAUUUUUUCCAGAUUAAUCCAUUAGUUCCAACCCCUUUCUCUUAUCAGUUCAUAAGCCAUAAAGCAUUGCAGUUCUAGAUCUAGAUGAGCAAGGAAAGAGGAGAUUAAUUGUAUUUAUCGUAAUGAGUGAAAAAGGAAGUAGGCUGAGGGCCUGCAGUGAGACAGUUGUUAAAUUUAGCUGUACACAAUGAAAUUGCUUUGUAAACCAAUAAAUUACUCUCUGCAGCUUGACUUGGAUUGUUGCAAUGGUUUGAGUUUUAAAGAACAGAUUUUUAUAGUUAAGUCAAUACUGGCUUCUGGACUGCUUUGGUUUUUAGCACAUUUAAGAUGCAUCUACAAAGCCAACUUACAAAUUAAUAAAUCUUUCCUUUAAUUCAGUCUGCCAAGAACAAAGAUAGAACACUGACUACUCCAGGAGCCAUGUUAGUGAUGUAAACCAAGGGACUGAGGAUUAAACAAGGAUUACCGAGUGCUAAAUCAAUGUGUUUAUUUUUCUGGCUGUGUGUCUGUGGUGUGAAAGUAUGGAUCAUUACAUAAAACGUGGCACAUGACUGCCUGGAUUAAUACUAGACAAUGUUAAAGCAAUGCUGAGACAAAAGUUGUUUGAUGUUUAAACAUGACUAGUGUGCUACCAAGAAAGUGAUGGCAAUGACUAAGGAAGAAGGCGUGUUUUUUCUGUUGUUUGUGGUUUUCUGAAAUUCCAGCCCAGGUCCCCCUACCAGAGUAAGUUUUCCAGGUAAACCUGGCUGUGUUAAAUGCAUGCCCUACUCUUCUAGGGAAUGAUAGAGAUUUCUUUAAUUAUGUGAAGAAAACUAUCGAGAAUUAACAUCAUACUGGGUUUUUUUCUGGCAAUUCAUUUAAGGAUCUUACAGUAUGAAAUUAAACGCAAAAAAAACCACGUCUGCACUAUCAGAUACAACAGAUAAAAUAAAUGUAACUUUUAAAAAUAGACUUAAAUUGAAGCAUACCAGUUGUGAAACUUGCCAACAACAUCAAAGUAAGCAUGGAGCAAGUAGCCAUAUUCUGGACACCAAAUUCUUUAUCCCCUGAUCUUAUGACAUACUGUCAUCCCUUUUGGUCAAGACAAGACCAGCAGCCAGAGUUCAGGCUGGUUAGUCACGCAGCCCUUCUUGUGUAUGGUUUUAUUUACCACCACCCCCUAUCAAACACCACAAAAUAACAGGUCUGUUUGGCUUGAGCCAUCUGCUCCCCUAUAGAUUUUUAAAGUUACCAGCUGCAUUUACUGAGCCUAUUAAGAAUUUUCUUCUCAAGUAGUGACACCCCCCCAAAUACAUGUAGUACUGAUACACACCCCCAAAUACAUUUAAUGCUCAUGUCUGAGGUAAAUUUUGUUUUAGCUAUUAGUGGUUUAUUCUCCUUCAAUACAACCCAUCGCAAAAAUUUUGAUACUAUGAUGUAUUAUUAAACCACACAGUUGGGACUGUAGCAACAUAAUCUCUCAGUUGUGAAUGUUUUGCUUAUCUGAUCAAUGCCAUGAUUAUGUCUGUAUGUUCUAUUAGCAUCACUGUGUAUGCUUUAUUCUGACUGAUCUCAGAGGAAUUUGAUUUGCAGUUUGGUAUUGUAAGAGGAGGAGAAAGAGAAGGUGAAGGGGCAAAUCAAAAAGAAGCAACUUGCCCUGUAAGUUAAGUGAUACAAAGAUUCUGGAAAGCAUGAAGAGCCUUGAAGCAAACAUCCUCCAGCAAGGUGCCAGAUUCCUCAUGGGAAAAGGACAAGGAUGGCAGGGUGGAAAAGUACCUGGAGCAAGCACAAAGCGAUAGGUCUGUCUUAGACUUGUGUGCCAGCUCAUUUCAGUUGCAGAAGGAUUUGCUUUUACAUCCCCACCAUCCUUUUUUAAAGCUGUUAGAAUACUAGGAAAUCUUGUAAACUGCGGCCUACACCUCUAAAUAAGCCUGUGCUCACCAGUGAGCAUAUAUUUAUUUCUCUACUAUGAACAGUCGUAACGCCAAAUGUUACAGUGCCACUGGAGACAGCAGCAGAAUGGACUGAGGUCUUGAAGCAGCCACAGGCACUGCAGAAGAGCCAUCCCAGAGCAGUACUGCCUCCUUCCAGGAGGUGACACGGCACUGAAAAAUCACUAAUUCUAAAAAUUGUCUAUUACAAUUUGAAGUUCUAAUUAAAAGUUACAUUAGACUGAGAUUACAGUGGUGCCGUUUCCUCCUAGUUUUUAUUCACAGUAUGUGUAAAUUCAUAAAUUAGGGCAGAAAAAUAACCUAUAUAAAUCCUUUAACACUUUCUGGACAUCAAUGAUCUCUUGCCUACCAGCUGCAAGGUUGACUGAUCCUGAUUACGUCCAGAUUGGAGAAUCUAGUGAGGAUGUUAAAAUGCUGAGCCAUUAUUCUGCUCCACAGCUCUGGCAUCUCAUGCAUGCAAAGGUACAUUUUCCAGACACCCAUGGCACUGUCUGCUCUAAACAUGUGCUGGCAUAGGUAGGGGGAAGGCUGGUGUGUUGGGUCUACAUAAUAACUUUAAACAUGGCAGAGAAUGUGGACAUGGUAUUUGUCUUGAUGGUAAUAAAAAAAAUUUGUGGAUAUGAAAUCUCAGUGAUUCAUGGAUACAUUGUGUUCACAAAAAAAAAAAACAAACACAUCUAGGCUGCUUUUAACAUAAUACUUAUGGUAAGUAUUGUCUUUUCAGAUUUUUUUGCCUCAGAUAUUUUGAUGACAUGCAGACUUGGCAUCACACUAGAUAGAGACAUUGAGUCUUUAUAGUUUUAUCUCUUGAGCCCAUCUGGUUUGAAGUAGUUGACAACAUGCAGGAAAGGGAAUAGAAUGAAAAACUCACUUCAUGUUUGCUGAAAUAAAUGUGUAAGGUAGUGCUCAAAUAAAAUCAGCCUGGGAGGAAGGCCACUGCCCACCACUCUCGCCAUCCCUCCUCUGCUCUUUUAAAAAGAUCGGAACAGGACAGCCUCACCUGCCACCGCCGCUCAGUGCCAGCUCUGACUGCCCACUCUUGGAGCCCACACCCCAGGCAAAAGGCAGCUGGAGCAUCAAGGGAGAGGGGAAUCAUCUGCCCCCUUAAUGAGUGACAAUGGAAGCACUAAGCAGAGUAAAAAAGCAAACACAAAUGCAGAGCUCUUGUCCAUCAGCCAAGCUAAAACCAUUGAAAAACUAAUAGUGCAAACACCUUACAUGAAGGCGCUUCAAUAAGUUUUACAUUUUGAUUUAUUCCCUUUUUCACUUGAUUUUGCAGUUUACAGAUACAGCACAAGGACCUCAAUCUGGAUACCUAGGCACUUGUGCAAUUACCCCUAUUACAGGCUGGUACAGAACACAGCAACAGCACCAGGAGUGUCCUGCCCUGCCCAUUGGCACCAGGGGUGCGUUAGUAACCAGAACUAGCUCCAGCAAGAGCAUGUUCAGUUGCAGGAAAACACCCUUUCCUUCUCCAUUGACCAGUGACCACUAAGAGCUGUUCAUAUAGAAAAUACAAAAUUCUGUAACCAGAACUUAGGCAAAAACAGACAUAAAAGGGCACUUGCUUUCCCAGUGAGGCACUGUAUGAAAUAUUCACCCUCUCAGGGAGGCAGUGGGAGUCCUUUAUCAGCUACAGAAUCACUCUGGGAACAUUAAGAUGGAAGUUGCUAUACAAGUCUGCAUGAUUUCACACCGUGUAGCAGCUACCCUUGAAAAUGUGUAUGCUCUCCCCUUUAUGCUGCUCCAUCUCCUUAUAGAAUCAGGUCCUAAAUGUGACUUUUCAGGUUUUUGUUCUUAAUCACUUUGUUACUAGUUCAAAUUAAUAAUUUUAACCUAAAUAGAAGUGAUUUAUUGUAAUUAUUUUGUAUAGGUUGCUCUUCAUAAACUUUUUAUAAAAAAAUCUGGAAAAACAUUUAAUUUCCCAUAUGGAAAGAACACAUUUAUCAUACUUUGCUCAGAUAUACUUGGCUGACUGUUGCACAUAUAUGCAAAACAUAUGUGACAUAUUCAAGGCUGAAUUUCAUAAAACAGAAAUGCUAUGAAAUGUGAUAUAAUAAAUAUAUUACACAGACA